AUGACUAUUGAAUCAACUACUAAUUAUUCAUUUGGAACUAGAGCUAUUCACGUCGGUGCACCAAUUGAUCCAACAACAGGUGCAGUUAUCGAACCAAUUUCAUUAUCUACAACUUUUGGACAAUCUGAACCUUCAAAACCUUUAGGUAUUUAUGAAUAUUCAAGAUCAGCUAAUCCAAAUAGAGAUAAUUUUGAACAAGCUGUUGCUUCUUUGGAAAGUGCCAAAUAUGCCAUAGCUUUAUCUUCAGGUUCUGCUACAACUGCAUUAAUUAUUCAAUCAUUACCUGUUGGAUCACAUAUUAUUUCUGGUGGUGAUGUAUAUGGUGGUACUCAUAGAUAUUUUACAAAAGUUGCAAAUACUCAUGGUGUUAAAGCUACUUUUGUUGGAAACUUGGUUGAAGAUUUAGAAAGUAACUUAACUGAAGACACCAAAUUAGUUUGGUUGGAAACUCCAUCAAAUCCAACUUUACAAAUCACUGAUAUUUCUAAAAUUAAAGAAAUUGUAACUAAACAUGAACAAAAAACUGGGAACAAAAUUAUAAUAGUUGUAGAUAAUACUUUUUUAUCACCAUAUAUUUCAAAUCCAUUAAAACAUGGUGCAGAUGUUGUUGUUCAUUCAGUUACUAAAUAUAUUAAUGGACAUUCAGAUGUUGUAAUGGGAGUAUUAGCAACUAAUAAUGAUUUAUUACAUGAUAAAUUUCGUUUCUUACAAAAUGCAAUUGGAUCAAUUCCAUCACCUUUUGAUUCAUGGUUAGCUCAUAGAGGUUUAAAAACAUUACACCUUAGAUUAAAACAAUCAUCUAAUUCAGCUCAAAAAAUUGCAGAAUAUUUAUCACAAUCACCAUACGUUUUACAUGUUAAUUAUCCAGGUUUGAAAACUCAUAAAAAUCAUGAUGUUGUAUUAAAACAACAUAGAGAUGGAUUAGGUGGUGGUAUGAUAUCUUUUAGAAUUAAAGGUGGUGCUAAAGGUGCUUCUGUAUUUACAUCAUCAACUAAAUUAUUCACAUUAGCUGAAUCUUUAGGGGGUAUAGAAUCAUUAAUUGAAGUUCCAGCUAUAAUGACUCAUGGUGGUAUACCAAAAGAAGAAAGAGAAUCUAAUGGAGUAUUUGAUGAUUUAGUUAGAAUCUCUGUAGGUAUUGAAGAUACUGAUGAUUUAUUAGCUGAUGUUGAACAAGCUUUACAAAAAGUUAAAAGUUUGUAA